ACCAGUUUUCAGCAAUGGCGGCAGUUACGGAGACGGUAGAAACAGCGGUCGAGGACAACUACAUUUUUAAAUGGUCAUUCUUGAGAAGAUGGGUCUGCAGGGUAAAGUCACCCCUUUGCAGGCGAAAAAAAAAUUGGACAAUCUAAAAAAGAAAUACAAAGACUUCAAGUAUCCAGGGUCAGGCGAGGGAGUGAGUGGGAAGCCCACUGCUGCUACAUGGCCCUGGUUUGCCCUCAUGGAUGAGGUGUUAGGACAGAGGCCUUCUACUAAGCCUCCAGUGCUAAUUGCUUCCAUCCAUGAGGACACUCCAGGGCCCAGUUCAGCAGUGGGCAACCAAGUUUUGGAUGAGGAAGAGCAGGAAGAUGAGGGCCAGGUGGAGCAAAGAGGAGUAAAAAGAAAGAAGGACAGGGAUGAGUUUUUGGAUUUAAUCAGAGAGGACAUGAGAUUGCAGAGGGAAAUUGAGGAAAGAAGAGCACAGGAGGCAAGAGAGAGAAUGGACAGACUGUUUGGUUUGCUUGAGAAACUUGCUGAAAAAAAAAAUGAUUAA